AUCGCGUCACGUCGCGUCGAGGCGGCGAAGUUGGCGUCGUCGUCUUCCGGAGGUCUUUUUUCAAUUUCUGGGUCAUGACUCCUCUAAUUUGCCCCCCCCCCCCCCUGUUAUGUCUCUGUUUACAUCGAUCUAUCCACUAUUCAUCGCAGCAUGCCAUCUUUUUCUCUCUCUUCCCCCCCCUCCCUUUCCCAUUUUGUUUCCCACUCUCGCCACACUAUUUCUUCGCCGAAUGAUUCUCGCUUUCUUGUGUGAUCUUUCUGGACCUGUGAACUCGGACACCUUCGUAACAUGGACAAUAUUGACACAAUUGCUUUGUUUGUCAAGUUUUGUUUUGUAGUAUUUUUUUUUUCUCAUUUUCCCAAUAUCGGUGUCAUUCAUCCCAUCCUCUGUCCAUCGCCAUUUUUUUUAUUCUCAUAUUCUCGAACCUGGAUUUUUCCUUACACCUUGUUUGUUUGUUUACUUUUUUUACUACUACUGGCCACCAAAUUAGUCAUCGAUGAACGACAUUUUUGCAUUGUUUGCCUGCUUGCAUGUACAUUUGGAACCAAUUCCAACAAGGGAGUUCUUUUUUCUUCAUCGUACUAUGUAUUACGCAUUUAUUCUAGCCAUGAAAGCAAGUAUAGUAUUUCAGCCCAG